GCGCCGGAAGUGACGCGCAGCUCGCGCCCGAUGGCGGAAGUUCCGCCGCCGCAGCACGCUGUGCUGUCUCCUCGUGCAGUCCAUUGCUGGCAUGGCGCACUACAACUUUAAGAAGAUCACCGUGGUGCCGUCCGCCAAGCAUUUGGGAAACGUAGGGUUUUUUUUUAUUCACAAGCAUUACCAAAUUCAUCGCAUUCGACAUUUUUACAUGAGAAAAGUCAAAUUUACUCAACAAAAUUAUCAUGACAGGCUCUCCCAGAUUCUCACGGAUUUCCCCAAGUUGGAUGACAUCCAUCCAUUUUAUGCUGAUUUGAUGAAUAUUCUCUAUGACAAGGAUCAUUACAAGUUGGCUCUGGGACAAAUAAAUAUUGCCAAAAACUUAGUGGACAAUGUUGCUAAAGAUUACGUGCGGCUUAUGAAAUACGGCGAUUCUCUCAUCAUUGAAUUGCUUUCUCUAAAUAUCUAUUGAAUGUUAAAAAAAAAAAAGAGAGAGAGGCAGAGUUUGGAAUAUUUGGAGCAAGUGCGCCAGCAUUUAUCCCGUUUGCCAACCAUUGAUCCAAAUACAUGGACUCUGCUUUUAUGUGGGUACCCAAAUGUUGGGAAAUCCAGCUUCAUCAAUAAGGUAACCAGAGCAGAUGUGGAUGUUCAGCCCUAUGCGUUUACAACAAAGUCUCUAUUUGUUGGGCACAUGGAUUACAAGUAUCUACGUUGGCAGGUUGUAGACACUCCAGGGAUUUUGGAUCACCCUUUGGAGGAUCGGAACACCAUCGAGAUGCAGGCCAUCACAGCCUUGGCUCACCUCCGUGCUGCGGUUCUGUAUGUGAUGGAUUUGUCUGAGCAGUGUGGACAUGGUUUGAAGGAACAAGUAGAACUCUUCCAGAAUAUAAGACCUCUCUUUAUCAACAAGCCUCUUAUAGUUGUUGCCAACAAAUGUGAUGUGAAGAGAAUAGCUGAACUUUCUGAAGAUGAUCAGAAAAUAUUUGUAGAUUUGCAAGCUGAAGGAUUCCCUGUGAUAGAGACGAGCACUCUGACUGAGGAAGGUGUCAUUAAAGUUAAAACAGUAUACAUAGUGGUAAGGAGUGAUGCACUACAGAAUAAGGUGGAUCCAAAACCCUUAGAGGGCUGCUUCAAGAUUCUGUCUCAGAUUGGCCCUAGGGCUUGUGAUAGGCUUUUGGCUCAUCGAGUUGAAAUCAAAAUGAAGGGAAAUAAAGUGAAUGAGGUGUUGAACAGAUUACAUUUAGCUGUACCAAACAAGAGAGAUGAUAAGAAAUUGGAAGAAUUAGAGAAAGAAGAAGAGCUAAGAACAGCUGCUGGGGAGUAUGACAGUGAUUCUGAAAGUGAAGACGAGGAAAUGGUGGAAAUCCGACAGCUGGCAAAACAAAUUAGAGAAAAAAAGAAACUGAAAAUCCUUCAAUCCAAAGAAAAAAAUACACAGGGAUCCAGGAUGCCUUGAACAGCUAAGAAGGUUCAGAAGACAGAUUUGGAGAAUGAGAUGCAUAGUCUUGGUGUUGACAUGGAUACUAAAGACAAUGCCCACUACGCAGUCCAGGCAAGGAGAUCUCGGAGUAUCACCAGGAAAAGAAAGCGGGAAGAAUCUGUUCCACCGUCUUCUGUAGUCCGGAGUCGGAGUUGCUCUCGAACUCCACGUGAUGUUUCUGGUCUCCGGGAUGUCAAGAUGGUGAAGAAGGCCAAGGCUAUGAUGAAGAAUGCUCAGAAGAAGAUGAAUUGCUUGCGGAAGAAAGGGGAGUCAGAUCGGCAUGUGUUUGAUAUGAAGCCCAAGCACUUACUCUCUGGAAAGAGGAAAGCUGGCAAAAAGGACAGGAGAUAGGCUUCAGUUGACAUGGUUUGGCUAGACUGUUUGUUGCUGUCUGUUUCUUGGUUGGGUAUGGUGUGGGUUCAUAAAAUUGGAGUCAUCUAUAAACAAACAAAAAUAAUUGCAGCAUUCUUUGCUAAACAUUGUGGUUAAAUCCUGCAUAAUAAGUGCUGGAAAUUUUUGUCUGCAAAAUGCAAACAUUUGGAGUAAAUGGUCUUUCUGCAUUAAAUAGAGGAUUGGCUGCUUCAGAUUUACAGAACUAGAAAAAUUUGGUAUGACUUUGAUGUUUUGAUGGAGAAAGACCUUAUUUUUUCUAAGAGGAAACUUCGAUUUCUCACACGGGAAUACUCCUUUUUUUAUGAAGAAAGCAUCUCCAUUUAUGGAUAUGGACAGAGGGCUACCUGCUCUGCAGACUUGGGAGCAAGCACAUGUGUGAGCGAGUCAGAACCCUGAUGCUGAAAAUACUCCUUUAAAUUAUUUUCCAGUCUUCUUGUACAAUGUAUUGUUGUAAUCUCUCUUUCAACUAUUUUAUCCAAAAUAAAUCUCCAGGAGAAAUA